CACAGUUGUAACGAGAAAUUUACUAUUUCCAUAUGCAUAAAAAAUCCACUGCUUGUCUUUCUGGUCAUCGUUUUCUCUCAUUGGCUGGGCUUGUAUAUAUCAUCAAGAGGUGCUCUCCAAGAAAAUAGCAAGCAGCCAGCCAUUUCGCUUUUCUGUGCUUUUCUCUGAGAUGACAGGGGUACAAGACGGGGAGACAGAGAGUGUGUCUCUUGACUUUCUCAAGAACAAAAUGGCGGAUUUUGCUAAGGAAAGGGACUGGGAACAAUUUCAUAGCCCGAGAAAUCUACUCCUGGCUCUGGUGGGUGAAGUUGGGGAACUAUCUGAGAUAUUCCAAUGGAAAGGGGAGGUUCCAAAAGGACUACCAGACUGGAAAGAGGAAGAGAAAGUUCACUUGGGUGAAGAGCUUUCUGAUGUUUUACUCUACCUUGUCAGACUGUCUGAUAUCUGUGGCAUUGAUUUGGGCAAAGCGGCUCUGCGCAAAGUUGAACUCAAUGCCAUUAAGUACCCUGUCAGCCGCUGCAAGAAACACAACACCAUCAAUAAUGAAAGGGCUUGAACAUUUGAUUUUCAAAUUAGUCUGUUAAAAACUUCAUCUAAUUACAAGCACCCAUCAUCAGUUUUUUUUUCUUUUUCUAUUUUCUUAUGCGUAUUGAAACUCUGGUUAUUGUUUAGUGGUAACUCAGGUUGGGGUGCUUGGUUUUUAUGAUGUAGGGUUUUGAUGUAAUAUAGCACAGAGGUAAUAGAGGAGGGGGGGGUAAGGGUUGGAAUGCUCAGCGACUAGUAUAGAUUUGGUUGGCGGUUUUUGGCACUUGUUCUUUCAGAUUUUCCUACUGUUUCAGCAGCUGAAUGAUGAAAGAAAUCCCUCUGACAGAUGUGAAACGUGGAGUAGAAA